UCUAGAUCGACCUGACUCAGUUUACCUUUCUACACUGACUGCCUGUCUUGAUUCCGGCUUCAGUUUUUGCAAGCUUUUCAGCUGAUCCCUUUUCUCACCUGACCCUGAGAUUGAACCCAGGAACUCAAACAUUCUAGACACCGAAGGGCCUUCCAUUGAGCUCCAUCCCCAAAUAGAAGCAUUGCUGUGGGACCCCUUCAAAACCCACCUACUGAGUUUUCAUCAGGGACAGAGCUUGGGCACUCUUCCUGGGUGUCUUGCUGCUGACAUCCUCUUUGGUGGAGGGAAGGGAUGGACAGAUUCCUGGGGAAGGAGGUUCAAGGGAGCCUUUUGGGAAAGCUGGAGGAGCAAGAGCAGAGCACAGAAGAAGGAGCUACCCUGGGCGACAACAAAGGACACACAAGGAAGAGGCCCAGGAGAGACCCCCCGGGGAAUGCCGCCCACUUGGCAGGCCCCAGCUGGCGACACAUUCGCGCUGAGGGCCUGGACUGCGAUUACACGGUCUUGUUUGGCAAAGCAGAGGCAGAUGAGAUUUUCCGACAGUUGGAGGAAAAAGUGGAAUAUUUUACAGGUGCACUGGCCAGGGUCCAGGUGUUUGGGAAGUGGCACAGUGUGCCAAGGAAGCAAGCCACAUAUGGUGACGCUGGACUGACCUACACGUUUUCAGGCCUUACGCUGUCUCCAAAGCCCUGGAUCCCAGUUCUAGAGUGCAUCCGGGAUCGUGUCUCUGGCUUGACAGGACAUACCUUCAACUUCGUGCUUGUCAACAGGUACAAAGAUGGCUGUGACCACAUUGGGGAGCAUCGAGACGAUGAGAGAGAACUGGCUCCCAGGAGCCCCAUCGCCUCUGUCUCCUUUGGUGCCUGCAGGGACUUCUGCUUCCGGCACAAGGACUCCCGAGGGAAGAACCCCCACCGGAAGCUAGAGGUGGUCCGGCUGCAGCUGGCCCACGGAAGCUUACUGAUGAUGAACCCCCCGACCAACACCCACUGGUAUCACAGUCUUCCCGUGCGCAAGAAGGUUCUGGCUCCGAGGGUCAACCUGACAUUUCGUAAAAUUUUGCCUAAGAAAUAAAAACGUUUUUAACAUGUU